AUGGCGAAUCAAGUGCAUAUAUUGUUAGCAAUCCUUACCAUUUGUGCGACACUGAAUGGAAUCAAUGGCGCUGCAAAACCUAGCCAAAUUGAUGAAGUGAGUGCAGAGGUUGAUGGAGUAACUGCCGAUUUGGUCACGGUAUCGGCAAGAGGUGUAGAUGGAGUCAUGGUUAAGUUUUACUUUCCCAAGGGUUUUCUAGUGGGACUCUUUCUCACAAUGCUACAAGACGUUUCCGAAAGUUUUCAAGAAAAAUUGGCCAUUGAAACAUUAUUUAAUUCUGCCUUAAUCCAGUUCAAAGAUCGUAUGGAAGAAGCUGGCUUAAUCUACGUCGUUGCCAUUAUAAAUGAAAUUAUAGAGGAAGUUAAACUCUUUUCGAAUGUACUCACCACAUUCGCAGAAGAAGCAACAUUUGCUCAUUUAUACUUUAGAACGCAAUUGGCAAAAAUGGCAGCAGCCGCUGAUCGAGCCUAUCAACUCCGAUUGUAUAGACUUGACGCACAGCUAGUUCCAAGGAUUAGGCGACUUAUAUUUAUGCUACGUCGCUUUAUAGGGAUAAAAUUGGCCCAUCAACGCAGACUACAAUUUUUGCUUCGACGACUACAUUUCAUCAUGCGUAGAAAUCAAGCUGUUGAUGCUAGAAUUUUGCAUCAGGAAGCAGUAGCACAAUUUAGGAGUCGUUUAGCAGUACAAAGAUUAAUUGAAUUGUCUUUAAUCAAUUUUCUGACUCGUGAAGGUUUGGAAGAUGAGAAUGCUUACGAAAGAGCGAAAGCAUUCUACGAAGUACGAAAUUUAGAAGCUACCGAGCUGUUCAAUGGUAUUGAACAGGCCCUCAUCUUAGGUAAAAUGGCAAAACUCCAUCAAAAAGAAGUUGAGGCUGGCGUUAUGAUUGAUAUUCUCCGAAGAAUUAAUUUUGCUUUAGUUUACGAUGAACGGUACAGAAUACAGAGAAUAAGGGGCUAUCCACGCCAACUAGCAGAAAUUAGAAAACUUGAAUCUCAACUUUACGUCUUUAGGCGCAAACUACGCCAUUACUUGUACUUACUUGCAAUCAAUAACGCAGUAGCAGCUAAAAAGUCCUAUAGUCUCAAGGUAUUGGCUGAAGAAGUUGCACUGGCCGAAAUUGUUAUAUUUGGCUGGGACUAUUUAGUGGUGCGAUAUGUAGUUCCAGGAAUAACUGUUUAA